AUGGCCAGGCUCAAGGCGCGGAUCCACGAUCUCGAGCGAAUCAACGAUCAGCACCAGAUGACAGAGAGGGAAAUGCGAGAUCGCCUACACGAACUUCAACGUCGCAACGAAACUUUGAAUGUAGAAUACAAGAAGAGCGAGAGAGAAAAGGACCAGCUAAAUCAAACAGUGGUCGAAUUGCAGGCACUGACAGAUCGUUUGACAUUGGAGAAUCUUCGAAAUGAACAUCAAGCGAAAGAUCAGAAGGAGUUAGCCGAACACCGAAAAAAGCAGUACGAUCAACAGAUAUCUGCUUUGGAGGAGUCGAUUCGAACCCUCACUGAGCGAUGUAACGCUUUAGCGGCGGACCUCAAAGAGAAGGACAAGCAGUUGCGCGAUAAAACUAAGCGAAUACAAGAAUUUGAAGAUCGAAACACCCAACUGUUAGCGUCAUUUCCUCGUCUGGAGGAGCAACGCCGACGUCUGGAGACUGAAAAGGAGCGCGCUGUUGAAGAAAGCGAGCAGUUACGCAGAGAGAUCUCACGACUCAGGGAGAAAACUUGUGCUGAAUGCUGCAUAUGUCUAGCUACAAAGGUAUCUUCUUCAUGA